AUGGCUUCGGUUGUCUCGGACAAGAGCAGCGCGGUCAACUCAUUCUCCCCCAUCGUUGACGCUGCUCUGAGGGAUCACCUCGCCAUCGAGCCUGUCGUGGCCCCCGCUGGCGCCCCCGUCGUCGACAUGCUCCUCGAGUCAGUCCUCCGCAAGCGCAAGCGCAAGAUGCGCAAGCACAAGCGCCGCAAGCGCCCCACCUUGAGACCGCCGCACGCAUCGGUCUUUCUCACCAACGCCCAUCCUCUCGACGUCUUCCUCGCCAAAGCCGCCAUCCUCCUCCGCCAUGACCUUCUCGAUCUCACCACCAUCGCCUCGGCUGCCGAAGCAAUCUUCCUUGCGCCAGGUGUCUUUGCCCUCGUCGUUGCCCCGCUCCUCGACCCGCCCCUCGCCCACAGCCUUCACCUCGUCCUCGCCCGCCUCGGUGCUACUCCCUCGCCCCAUGCCCUCGCUGCUGCGCUCAACCUGUCUGACGUCGUGCCCUCUCCGCCACGCCCGCCGUCCUCGCCACACAGCCUCGCCUCCGCCGCAGAGUGCCUCCCGGACGACUGCCUGCUCGCCCGCUGGGGCUUGCGCGAGCUGGCGACCGGUCUCGUCGCCCGACUGGAGCAUACCGACAUGACGGGCGAUGCUGAUGAUGUUGCUGUCGCUUGGCUGACGCAUCUGCUGGCCACCGCCUACGCCGAGGAGCCCACACUCAUCAUGGCGAGCAGGCUGUUCGAGGCUGCCGCCGACGAGAUCAUGGCCAUCCUUGCCAUGCUCCCGGCGCCGAUCUUCACCCCGCUCGAGCUUGCAGCUGCUAUCGUGUCCGUACCGGCUGCGCGCUAUCCAGACCUACUCUCGUCCCACUCACAGGCCUUUCUCUACUCGGGCGGGAUGGACGCCAUCACUGCGGCGCUCGCUGCCGCACUUGCCGCUUUUCCGAACUCGCCACACGCGGUCAUCCGCCUCGAUCCCGAUCGCGACUACAUGGAGACUGCGUACGUGACCACUGACAUGGAAGUGGCGCCGCCGUGCGAGGCUACCACAACCCUCAUUGCACUUCUCACCCUCAAUCCGUCGGCGCCGGCCGGCGACCUCGAUCCGGCGAUCAUCGCCGAUGCGCUUGCCGCCGCUCGCCGCGCCGCGCCGCGCCUCCUCCGCAUCUUCCUCGUCAUUGACAUCACCAUCGAAACACCGGCGCUGAUGCUUCCGCGCGUGGUAUGCGCCCUUGAUCUAGGCGGCACACAGUGUCAUCUUCUCCUCUGCAAGUCGUAUGUCAAGUACGCUUCGCUCGGCCUCGCCAAGUCGAUGGCCGGCUCGGUUGUCGCCACCUCCCUCACCUCGAGUACUCUCCCGCCUCAGCUCUGCGAGCUGCUUGCAGCGUGGCAGGCCGAUGCCUCGCUACCGGAGCACGGCCUCCUUGGCCUGCUCCUCUCGUACGCCUCCCAUCGCGAGCUCGAGCUUGUCGACUCGGCCGCUGCCGGCGCGGCCGCGGUCGCAUUCGCGAUGGGUCCUCUUUCCCACACGCGCCAUGGCUCUGGCCACGCGCCGACCGUCGAUCUCGCUGCCCUCACCGCCAAGCUCGCCUUUGAGGAUCGUGACUCGUUCUCCUCGCUCUCAUCAGCCACCCUCUCGAUGACCUCGCAGUUCCGAUUCAACGUCGGCCAAGAGUCUGACGACGAGCUUGUCCUCCGCUACGCUGCACUUGGUAUUGUCUGCCGACCGCAGCUUCCGGGCGCCCGCCCGCAGGAGAUCACUCUCACCGCUGCGCUACACGCCGCCGCUGCCGCAAUCGACGACGGCAACCCGCUCAUCGCGCUCUCGCUCUACAACUUUAUCUUUGCCCAUCACCCAGGCCUCCCGCGCCAUGUCCUUCCCGAGCUCACCCACGGUCUCGCUGCUGCCUUUGACAUCCUUUCGGCCGAGGCUCUCCGAUUCGAGGCCGUCCACGCUGUCGUCCUAGGCUGGCUCGCGAACAUCGCUGUUGCUAGCGACGCGGCGUGCGCUGCGCUGGCAACAGAGCUCACACCGCUAGUGCCCAUUCCGCAAUCCAUCGCCUCGGCCAUGCUUGAUGCCCUCACUAGUCACCAUCGGCAUGCAGACGGAGUGCUCGGCGCCCGGGCCCGUCUUGUCGCCCAGCUGGCGGACAUGCCAGACGGCGCACUGCCGCCCCCGCUCGUAGACGCCAUCCGCGCUUCCGAGGCCGCCGCUGCCGCCAAAGCCACUGCUGCUGCCGUUGCCACGGCAGCAAUCCACCGCGUGCUUGACGCCGCGCUUGGCGAGCCGUGGCGGUUGCAGUGA